AUGCAACCCAUUGAUAACUCCACUCCCCCAAUUUUCUUCUUGACUAGGAUUCCAGGACUGGCAAAUUUCUACACAUGGUUCUCCAUUCCAUUUUGCUACCUCUAUUCACUCGCCAUCUCCGGGAACAGCCUGAUCCUGUUUGUCAUUGUUACCCAGCAAAGUCUCCAUGAGCCCAUGUACUAUUUCCUCUCCAUGCUGUCAGCCACUGACCUGGGCUUGACUGUUUCCACAAUGUCUACCACAUUAGGUAUUCUCUGGUUUGAUGCAAGUGAAAUUAGUCUAGAUGCCUGCAUUAUCCAGAUGUUUUUUCUUCAUGGAUUCACAUGCAUGGAAUGUGGAGUGCUGGUGGCAAUGGCUUUUGACCGCUAUGUGGCAAUCUGUGACCCUCUCAGGUAUACAACUAUUCUCACUAAUUCCAGAAUCAUUCAGUUGGGUCUCCUAAUAUGUACACGUUCUGUAGUAUUAAUCGUACCAUUACUCUUGCUCCUUAAGCCUCUCUAUUUCUGUAGAAUGAAUGUCCUUUCCCACUCCUACUGUUACCAUGUAGACGUGAUCAAAUUGGCAUGUUCAGAUGUUUGGGCCAACAGCAUCUAUGGAUUAAUAGGUCUCAUCCUUACCACAGGGAUAGACACUCCAUGCAUCAUCCUGUCUUAUGUCUUGAUUAUUCGCUCUGUCCUAAGUAUUACCUCCCCAGAGGAACGGCACAAGGUCUUCAGCACCUGUGUCUCCCACAUUGGAGCUGUUGCUAUUUUCUAUCUCCCCAUGAUAAGCCUGUCCUUGGUGCAUCGCUAUGGCCGAUCAGCCCCCAAAGUGGUCCACUCAAUGAUGGCCAAUGUAUACCUACUUCUGCCCCCUGUGCUCAACCCCAUUAUCUACAGUGUGAAAACAAAACAGAUUCGCAAGGCUGUACUCAAUCUGAUCCUUACAAAGUAA